UCUUGACCUACGCUUGCUCGCUCGCUCGCCCGGGAAGUCAGGUGCAGGUUGCCAGCUCGACAGCUUGUCCGUGUCAGCUCUUGCCUAACCACACCCCCUCCCCCGAGGCCACCCCCAGAGCGAGUUAGGGUGGUUGGGUGAGUGAAAGCUGCUUCUCAAGACCGGAAGAUGCUGCGGGAAGGAAGACCGUUGUUGCCUGUCCAAGGGAAAUUUCUGUGGCUACACAUAAAACAGGCUUUGUAAUAAAUGGAUCGUAUCCUGGGACUGGAGAGCUCUGUGCCGAAGAACACGUGCUACUCUUCUAUAGGGCCUGGGCUCGGUUCCCAGCACCCACGUGGCAUUUAAGCACCAUUCGUAACUCCAGUACCGGGGACCAAGCUCAGGUCUUCGGGCUUGUGCUGUCAGCCCUGUACCCCCUGAACCGUCUUGGUGGCUUAAAUACAGCAGCUUCAUGCUAUGGCGUCCAAAAGGCCAGAGAAGAAUAUCUCCAUCAACUGCACUUACUCCACGAGAUGGCAAAUCCUGAGGUGGUGGUAAGCAGCUGCAGUUCUCACCAGGAUGAAAGUCCCUGCACUUUCUACCCGAGCUCAUCCCAGUCCGAGCAGCUUCUCUUAGAAGAUCAGAUGAGGCGGAAACUCAAAUUCUUUUUUAUGAAUCCUUGCGAGAAGUUCUGGGCUCGGGGUAGGAAGCCAUGGAAACUUGCCAUACAGAUUCUGAAAAUCGCUAUGGUGACUAUCCAGCUGGUUCUGUUUGGACUAAGUAACCAGAUGGUAGUAGCUUUCAAGGAAGAGAACACGAUAGCCUUCAAACACCUCUUCCUGAAAGGCUACAUGGACCGAAUGGACGACACCUACGCGGUGUACACUCAGAAUGAUGUGUACGACCAGAUCAUCUUUGCAGUGACCCGGUACUUGCAACUUCGAAACAUCUCCGUCGGCAACCAUGCUUAUGAGAACAAGGGGACUAAGCAGUCAGCAAUGGCAGUCUGUCAGCACUUCUACAGGCAAGGCACCAUCUGCCCCGGGAACGAUACCUUCGACAUCGAUCCAGAAGUCGAAACAGACUGUUUCCUUAUAGAGCCAGAGGAAGCUUUCCACAUGGGAACACCUGGAGAAAACAAACUCAACCUGACCCUGGACUUCCACAGACUUCUGACAGUGGAGCUCCAAUUUAAGCUCAAAGCCAUCAACCUGCAGACAGUUCGCCACCAGGAGCUUCCUGACUGUUACGACUUUACCCUGACUAUAACAUUCGACAACAAGGCACACAGUGGAAGAAUCAAAAUAAGUUUAGACAACGACAUUUCUAUCAGAGAAUGCAAAGAUUGGCACGUGUCUGGAUCAAUUCAGAAGAACACCCACUACAUGAUGAUCUUCGAUGCCUUUGUUAUCCUGACCUGCUUGUCCUCGCUGGUGCUCUGCGCCAGGUCUGUGAUUCGGGGUCUUCAGCUUCAGCAGGAGUUUGUCAACUUUUUCCUUCUUCACUACAAGAAGGAAGUUUCGGCCUCUGAUCAGAUGGAGUUCAUCAACGGGUGGUACAUUAUGAUCAUCGUUAGUGACAUACUGACGAUCGUUGGAUCGAUUCUGAAAAUGGAAAUCCAAGCCAAGAGUCUUACAAGCUACGAUGUCUGUAGCAUACUUCUUGGGACUUCCACCAUGCUCGUGUGGCUUGGCGUUAUCCGAUACCUGGGUUUCUUUGCGAAGUACAAUCUCCUUAUCCUGACCCUCCAGGCAGCGCUGCCCAAUGUCAUCAGGUUCUGUUGCUGUGCGGCUAUGAUCUAUCUUGGGUAUUGCUUUUGCGGAUGGAUUGUGCUGGGCCCUUACCAUGAGAAGUUCCGCUCUCUGAACAAGGUCUCUGAGUGCCUAUUCUCACUGAUAAAUGGAGACGACAUGUUUUCCACGUUCGCGAAAAUGCAGCAGAAAAGUUACCUGGUGUGGCUGUUCAGCCGCGUCUACCUGUACUCGUUCAUCAGCCUCUUCAUCUACAUGAUCUUGAGCCUUUUCAUCGCGCUCAUCACAGACACGUACGAAACCAUUAAGCACUACCAGCAAGAUGGCUUCCCAGAGACGGAACUUCGAAAGUUUAUCGCUGAAUGCAAAGACCUCCCCAACUCUGGAAAAUACAGAUUGGAAGAUGACCCUCCAGGUUCUUUAUUCUGCUGCUGCAAAAAGUAACUGUCGGGUUUCUCUGUGCCUGGGAGGAAAAUACAGUGUGUGGAUGAGUCAGAGACAAUAUGGAUUAUUGGUAAUCACGCAACAGUGUGUUCAGAUACUAGUGUUCUGAGUUAACUCACAGCUAUGACUUUGCGGGGCCUGUUAAAUAUAUUUUUAAAUAUUUAAUGUCUUUUCUGAUUUGAUGAGGGGAGCUGCUAGGUCACUGUCUUAGUCGCUGUAGCUCUCGUUCUCUAACCCCCUUUACCACACGGCACGCCUCACGGCUGCACCGGGAGAUAAGCUUUGGCUUCUCAGAGACUAAUAAUUGCACAUCGGACACUACUACAUCUUAGAGUCUCUCCUUAGAUGAAGAUAGAACAGUAGAGAGAACCCCAUCACAGCUGUGGGUGGGAUGCUUGGCUCUAAGGACAGCCAUGAUUUGACUCUCAUGUUCAUUUAGAAGUUUUCUCUGCCCUUCAGUGUUAAGGUACAAGGUGGGAAGAGAGUCUGUACCCGAAUAAAGUCAAAGAGCCCACCACGGAGGCAUUUGAUUAAACAGUGAUGGUUUUAUUAGCAGCCAAUUAGCGUUGGAAAAACUGGAGAUACAACAUGCCUUCCAUAGGCCCAUACAGGCUGGGCAAACCCAUUUGGGGUCAGGAUUUGUGGCUCUAUAGUUUGAAGUUUGAGAGAACCCAUGUGCAAAAUUUUAAAGUGAAUACAUGUAGCUCGAAAAGGCACAAAAUUAGGCUCUACAUUUUGUAGUUCUUCAAUAAAAAUUACGGGGAAUUUGGUGGUAUAAUAUUAUUUUGUGUACUAUUUAUCCAUGUAGAUAUCAAUUCAUUUAUGUAUAAUAAGGACUUUAUAAGAGCGCCUUUCAAAAACGAAUAAAGAUUUUAACAUUUUACUGUCGCACCAGAGACCUCAUGAAGACACACAGAUAACAUGUUUGUUUUGUAAUUUAUUAGGACGCGACAUGUAUUUUAAAACUGUGUUGAUUAUCCGAGAAGUCCUUACUGUUAUUCUUUCUGCGAUGUUUUUAGACUAACAAUUAUAUUUCUUUGAAAACACAAAACCACCGAGCCAGGGUUGGAACUGGAGUUGUUUUCCUUUGCAUGCAGAGAAAGCUAGCUAUGGGCUAGCAGUGUUGGAGAGCUCUGGGUUCACUUGAGAGAAUCUGCCUCAAUGAACUGAGUGGAGAGCAAUCGUGGAAGACUCUGGACAUCAACUGCUGGACUCCGUGCACGUGUGCAUGUGCACACACACAUGUACGCACGCCAGAUCUAUUUAUUAGAAAUGGAGAAAAAUGUUAGGAGAAAUAAAAGUUCUUUGUAGUCAGUUCCAGGACAUCCAGGGAUUCAUAAGGUGACUCUGGCUGAAAACAAGCAAGCAAGCAAGCUAAAAGAAAAGACACGGUGCAGUGCAGUAAGGGGAGCUCUACGGGGUCCGGGCAGAGUAUAGAAUUGGAUGUGGUGUUAGAAGAGAGGAAAUAUCUAAAAGUCAUUAUCCAAGCAUCUACCUGGGAAAUCAGAGAAGCAUGAGAAUGUGGAAACCUAUGGCAAGAAAAAAAUAAAAUAAAAUCGGAGUGUCAAACAAGAAGAUAGUAAAUCACUAGAAAGUGAACAAACCACCAAAUAUUGUUUUGUUUUAAAGAUCAGUGAAGUUAGCAAGCCUCUACCCAAACUAAGGACCGGUUCUUCUAUGUUUUGGGUGGGAUCCCUAAAAGUUCACCUGUUAGAAACUGAAUUCAUCCGUGUUCCCACAGUGGGAGCUGGGUGCCUCAUGGGAAGUGUUGGGGUCACAGAGUUGAGCCCUCUAGAACAGACUGACUUUUUCAUGGAAUGGGCUAGCAUCAUGGAGCUUUGGCCUCCUUCCUUCCUUCUUCCUUUCUUCCUUCCUUUCUUUUCUCCUCCUCACACGCUCCGUUCUCCUGAUUUCUCUCAGGAGCCCCCACCAGAAGCUGAGAUGUUUUUGGAUGUAAUAACAUCCAAAGCGUCUGGAGCUAAGCUCCAGAACUAUGAGACAAAACGAACAUUUCUCCUUUAUGAGUUACUCGGCUUCAGGCAUUCUGUUAUAGCAGCAGGAAAUGGAUGAAGAAGGGAUAGACUGUUGCUAUGGCAACACUUGACGACCUGGAAACUGUAACACUGAUAGAACUGUGGGAAACGAAGGCGGAGAUGAGAAGGUUGUAUGUAGAAAUGAGAAAGUCUUCCAGGGAUGUUGGGAGCAAUGCCCUUGAGGCCCUCCAUUAUUGAUAUUAUUAUGGUUAGAAUUAAGUAUGACUGGAUUCAUGGAAAAUCCCUAACCAGCUGCAGAAGACUAAUACAAAUCUGGUGGUCAAAAUGAAUAAUAAUAUGAUGCAUCAAGAUACCCAAUGUGAUGACCUGUAACCUUUCUGAAAAACCAACAUCCUGCUGACUAAUAGAUAUGACAAACCUGUGACCUUUCUGACAUCCUGUCAACAUUCUGACACCCCUGGUAGGGGUGCCUACUCCCUGACCACACGAAUAUUGUGUCUUUGGCCUACUUAAAUGUUUCUUACUUCCCUCUUCCCUCUGUUACCCAUGUUAUGGUAUAAAUUCAGCCUUGGAGAAAAAUAAAAUUGUCGUCUUGAUCAGA